AUGGCGCCUCAUAUUCCUGAUGAGAUCUUGAGUCACAUCAUGUGUUAUCUCGUCCCUGUGCUGCCUUGCAAGCGCCGCCCAUGGCGAUAUGACCACUCACUCCGACCGAUCGACUUGGCUUCCCUUUGUCUAGUAAGCCGAAGGUUUCGCCAUAUCGCCCAACCUCUGCUAUACCACACUAUCGACCUUACCUGCAGUACCGAUCGAGCAAAUGACGGGGAAUUCCUCAUGUGGCCAGGCUAUCUCCUCAAAACGAUAGUGAAAAAUCCACACCUGGCAAAGUACAUCCGUGUCCUGGCCAUGACAGAUAUGGUAUUUCUCUAUGAAAAGCCAAAAAUGGUAUUUCUCCCUGAAACGUCAUCGAGUGACUUCCCUUGGGAUGUUCCGCGCUGUAUCCGAUGCGCUUUGGAACCGCAAAUAGCAGACAAUAGUUAUAAUUUGCCAUCUAUCGCCUUGCUUCUGUACGCUACUAUGGCCGAGAAGAUCUUUCUCUUCCCUAGCGAUCCGGACGGUAUUGAAGUCGGGUGGAUCGUGAGAUCAUGGCACCCACGGGGUCAGCCUCUUGACCCUUCAAUCGACCUUGGCUCGGAUCUGACCCUCGAGCUAGGUCCGUUUGCUAAUUAUGGUCUUCCCUGCCUGAAAGAGCUCUAUGUGGAUCAAGCAGACGACGAGUAUUGGACUAUCCCGCUUUUAGAAUUCUUAGAGAAGCCAGGCCUCUCUAUCUUUCACCUAAAUCAUGCACGUUCACUCACGACUCUCUUUGUCCCUCAGCCUCUUGAAGGCCCAUUAUCCAGUGUACACGACUUAAAACUUAGUGACUGCUAUAUGGAGUCUCAAAGUCUGGAAAACAUUCUUCGCAGUUGUCCAAGGCUUCAAGUUCUCAGUGUUCAUGUGGCCGAGAUAGAAUGGGCUGAGCAGUUCUUUCGGCAAUGGCAUCCUGACAUCUUUUGGACUAUUAACCUUAAACAUAUCGGCCAAGCCCUACGAGAUUUCGGGGGAAAUUUGAUCGAUCUACAUCUUGAUUUCUCAAAUUUUAAGAUGGCACGUCCAAUCACUAGUCGAAUUGGGUCUUUGUGCAGCAUGUCGAAACUCCGCCAUCUACAAUGUUAUAGGAACGACUUGAUCAUCGCUCAAGAACUAGGCGAGGAACAAGAGGAGAAUACCUUGCCGCUGGAUAGUGUUUUACCACCAUCAAUCGUAACACUCAGCAUCCAUUACAUGGAACAUGAUAUUCUACUGUCACCACCAAGCAGUGUAAUAUCUGCAGAAAUAGAGAGCAUACUGUCCAGCAGGCGUCUGCAGUGCCUCGAACAGCUCCGAAUUCAGAGAUAUAUCCCUGAUACUCAGGACGAACUGAUCUUGUUUCAAACCAAGAUGCCUGGUUGGUCCUUUGACUUCAAGAAAACCCCAUGCAAGGUUCAGAAUGGCUUUAUUGAGUAUCUACGUUUUGAUAGAUUUGGGUGA